GAGUGCUCAUUGGAUUGUGCAACAGGGAGGUCAUGAAAAUGAACUGAGGAGUUUCUCAAGGAUGAUUAGGAUCAGAUCGUUGAUCCGCUGCAGAAUAUAUGUGCCGACAAGAUCAUUUGGAACAACUAUCGGGACUUUUAACAACGGCUCGAAGUCGUCUUCCCCACAAUUUGCAAACACCGAUAAAGACGAGAAGACCAAAGAGCCAGUCAAGGAGGGCGACAAUGUAGAUACAACAGUGCAAGAGAGACUGUCAAAGAUUUUAGCAGACAUCUCCGAAAACAAGAGGAUGGUGGAGGAACAACAGAGAGGCGCAGGAGGUACACUAGGGAAAAGGAUAACUGAUCACACGAGAGAAGGCUUCGGUGCUCAGCCCAAUGCUUAUCCAGUCGAUAUAAGUAACACUUCAGUGCCUGGCAUUGAUGAUCUGACACAAGAGAAAGUCCAUUCCAGUACUGAUACACAGCAGCCCCCCAUUGGAACCCGCACAAACGCCAAAGGCAGCACCAAUAACAGCAGCAAUUCGGGCACCACCUACACGUAUGCGGACAUUUUCAACAUCAAGCAAAUUAUAGACACAGUUAAGCAGAGUGAAAACGUAAAACAAUUGCAACAGGAGUUGACGAUGUUCUAUCAGAAGAAGAAGAAAGACCAGCAGGUGUUGGCGGAGUCCUUAAGUCAAAGAAUGGGCCAGAACGUGGUGGAGUUGAAACGAUCCAUCAAGAUAGCAUCGAAAGUUCUUAACGAGAUCACCGGAUACAACAAAGUCAUCAGAUUGAAAGACAUCAUUGUUGAAAACGAGCAAAAGUUGAAGGACUUGAAAGAGUCGAUCCAUGAGGCCAAGAUAGAACACGAAAAAGCGCUUGACUUGAGAUCUUCGUCACAGAAAGAAGUCAACGAGCUUUUGGAAAGAAAGAAUAGUUGGAAGCCUACGGACUUGGACAGAUUCACUAGAAUUUACAUGACGACACACGACCUGGACACGAGCGUGAAAGAGAUGUCGGAAAGGUUGAAGUACUUGGAAGACCUGCAAGAAAGCACACAUGACGCUCUCAUCAGGUCGAUCAUGAACAGGUACCACGAAGAACAGGUGUGGUCGGAUAAGAUACGGCAGUUUUCCACCUGGGGUACCAUUCUAAUUAUGUGCAUUAACUUACUGCUUGUGCUACUGGUCCAAUUUGUGUUCGAGCCGUUCAAGAGAUGGAGACUAGUGAAUUCGUUUGAAGACAAAGUGAAAGACCUUUUCCACAACAGCGAAAAGCUUGACCUUGACAUCCAGCAGUUGAAAGGACAGCUGGACACCUUGAAACUAAAUCCCGUGGCUGCUGCAGCAGCAGCAGCAGCUUCGGAGCAAGAUGAAGAUGCCAGUUCCACUCCUGAGCCUGAGUCUAAGCCUGGGCUCAACCCGACACUAGAGCCUGCCCUGCUGGAAAGUCCUCCAUUAGAAAGCAUCGCUGCUUCCAAAGAGGCAAUGGCGGAGCAAACACCUCUCCCGCCGUUCCGCCUCGUAGUGAACAAAAGACUGGACACCGAAACACUACGCAAAUACUGGGCGCACUACUAUCUGUUGACCAGUGACUGGUUGCACAAGUUCGUGCACUACAUGACUCCUCUGGCCUACCCAAGCAGCACGCCAUUGCAGACGACUGUCGGCGAGUUUCAGGGUUAUGUUUGUGGCAGCGUUAUAGCGAGUGCUGUGCUGGGACUUCUUCUGGGACGACUAGUGGCCUAAAUCCCGCGGGCGAAAGCGUCAAGCGUUCUAUUUGUAUUACUAUGUAAUUCUGUGGCAAGAAUAGACAUCUUUUAUGGUUGAGCUGGGCUGUCACCACUCCCCUCUCCUCUCCUCUCUCCCCGU